AAAGAAAAACAUGAUUUGAACUUUCAACUGUUUAAUGAAGCUGAUGAAGUUUAAACUACUUAAUUUAAAUACUGUUUGGUAUGAUUGAGCUAUAACAAACUCCCUGUGUGUAUGUGUGGUGGACUGGCCACCAAGCAUACCGGGACAAAUCAGGUCCGGUGUUGUUUCGAACUGUUUCCCCGUCGAAAUGCGGAAGAAAGUCUCGCCCCCGAGAUGCUGUGCUGUCCAUGACUUUAAGAGGAGCUCGUAUAAUACAUCCAUGGCUCGUACCACUGAGGUACUAUGGAGAGUGUUAUACGAGUGGCGUAGUCUCUUUAAGAAAUAGCCCAGUGCAUAGGAAGUGCGCAUGACGCAUGCGUGUGGUCGAGCGAGAGCGAGAGAGCGAGCGUGUGUGACUGUGUUAGGGGCGACCGGAGCAGAGAGAGAGAGUUAAGUUAGCAGUUAGCUGUGACAGUAAUAGUACAGUGUAUGUACAGUUCGAGCUGUUCUGACAGAGAAUAAAUGCUGCAACUCCUCAAGAUUGAAGCUGAGUUCCCGUUUCUUGCUUGCUACCUGUUGAUAAAGUGGAGGGAGUUAACCCCGAAGUUAGCGGUGACUUCGGCCCUGGAGCAGUAAACUAAGUCUCCCCUGUGCUUCCCGACCACGGUCUGGACGCUGAAGCAGGAAAGUGACAAAUAGGAUCCAGAUAUGCGGCUCCGGGUGAGGAUGUUAACUGGGAGGACAAUUGAGAUCGAAUGUGAACGAUCGGAUACAGUGGAGAACGUGAAAGUAAAGAUAGAAGAUAAGGAAGCCAUCCCCCCAGAUCAGCAGAGACUGGUGCACAGAGGAGAGGAACUGCAAGAUUAUAGAUGUGUGUCUGACUAUGGAUUAGGACACAUGAAUACAAUUCACCUGAUACUCAGGCUUCGGGGAGGAGGGGGGCUGUUUCCAGAGGAGGAGGGCAAAGGAGAGGAGAUUUUAUGGACUGAUGUUUUUGACGAUGAUAUUGACGAUGAUAUUGACGAUGAUAAUGACGAUGAUAAUGACGAUGAUAAUGACGAAGAUGAAGAUGAUGAAGAUGUUGAUGAUGAGGAAGAUAGUGAUGAAGAUGGUGGGAUGGGUGACAAGGAGGGCAGAAAUAUGAGUAUGGAAAACCUCACAAACUUUAAUUCUUUAUCUAACUGUGCCAUACAGUGAUACUUGUUGGGACUACAUGUGGACCACAGUUUACCACAUGUUUCAAGACUCCAAGAAACCUGAGCCCUGGGGGUUCGCACCC